UGCAGCGAUAGUUAGUUACAGUGAUAAUCUAAAAUCCCCGAAACUGUCGCAUCGCCUUCCGUCUUCAAAUCUUCAUGCGCAAACCCUAAUUUUUCAUCUUCUUCAUUCUAUAUUUUUUCCCCAAAAUCAAAACACAAAAAUAGACAGAAAAUCAGAGAGAUUAUACAGGUUUUUAUUUUUAUAUGUUAUACAGUUAACCGAACAGAAGUAAUUCCAGAGUCAAAUUGGGUUUCCAAGUUCCAGAUUGAGGGAAAAGGUAAUAAAAAAAGAAGCUGUGGGUUUUAUCGCCGGGUUGCCGCGUCUGGCGAGUCAAGUUUAGCGGCUUGUUGUUGAAGGAUUCUACAGAUUUAGAUCUGAAGGUUUUCUACUAGUUGUCAAAAAGUAGUAUAAAGCAUUUGAGAUUUGAACUCCAUUAGUAUUUCGUCAUGGACUUGGAAAAAAGGAGCGGAAAUGAAGGUGGGAGCAAAAUCUCUGGUACCCAUCCAGAGGUUCUUGAUGGGAAUGGGAACAAGAAGCAUUCAGAAACAAUUCUGGAUGUCACUGAUGCAAAUAGAAGCAGUAUGCUUCCAGAAGAGGUUGCUGAUAAAAAUGGAAGCAGUAGUUAUUUUGAAUUGCAACCGGGGUUGGCGGGUGGAUCUGAGAGCAGCAACCUUUUUCAGAUCAAUCCAGAGAUAUAUCCAGAAGUCGUUGGUAGGAGUCAGAGCAGUAAGAAAUCAGACCCACAUUUAGAACUCACCGGUAGUGACAAUAGUUGUAAGGAUUCGAGAAUAGAACCAGAUGCUUCUAUUAGUGAAGGCCAUGAACCCAUUCCAGCCAAAAAACUUGGGUCUUCCUCCUCUUCUUCAUCCUCAUCAGUCUCAUCAACAGAUGAUCUCUUCCAAGUGAAUGUGAACGAUAUGAACAACUCCAUAUCACCUAAAGCUAAUGAGGAUAUCAGACCAAUACCAAUAGUUGAUGAAAAUGAAGGUUGCAGUGACUACAAUCCAAAAUCAGAAGUCCUUGACAAUGUAUCUCCAGGUCUAACAUCAACUUCUCAAACCUCUGGCAUCACCAGCGAGCAAUUAGCCAAUGGAAUGUCGCCAACAACACAAUCCCCACCUAUCCAAACGAUGGACAGAUCGGAAGGAUAUGAUCCUCUUAGGAUUCCAUCCUCCAUCUUUUCAUCAAGUAAACCUUCAACGCCGAUGGAGUGGAGUGUUGCCUCCAAUGAAUCAUUGUUUAGCCUCCAUAUUGGCAACAGUAGUUUCAGAGACCAAGCUUUUAUGUAUGGGGAUCUAACCAAGUCUGGAGAGCUUACUAAGUCAGCUGAAUUAUUCAUGCUAAGCCCACCACCUGCAAGUGCAGUUGCAGAAGCUGACGGAAAGUUUUCAGCUCCUGUGCCGGGAAAUGACGCGCAAAAUGUUGGAAAGAAUGAUGAGCCUGUGAAAGAUGCAACAAAGCCAGAUGGGGAAGAUAAGAGAGAUCAAAAGGCCCAAGCUCCAGUAGUAUCCUGGAAUUCCAUCAAUUCCAACCAUUCUUAUGAAAGUGGAAUCAGCCAGAACUCCUUUACUUUCCCAGUUUUGGCAGAUGGGGUAAGAAGUGCUUCUGCAACAACAGAUGAUGAGAAGCCGCAUCACCAACCAUCGGACUCUGAAGUGGCACCAAAACAAGCUUCCUGUGGCUGGUUUCCAUGCUUGUCUUACUGCUAUCCAUGCUCUUGUUCGUGGCCUAAGUGCUUUCGUACUUGUUGUUGAAAGAGAGAGUACUAAUGAGCCAGAACGCUAAGUUUUGCCUCUUCAAAAUGGCUUCCUUCUUGACCCUCUAGUACUUUAAACUGAGUGAAAGCACAGGGACAUCUGUGAAACUCGCUUCUAAUUUAUCAACCUGGCAAACCCUGCAAAAUAUGAAAGCUUCACUUCCUUAAUGAUCAAGGCUGCAACCUUCGAUCAUUUCCAGGUUCAAAUGUAGUUUGUCAGCUAACGUUGGGUGGCUUCAUUAUGCGGGGGAAAAGAAGAUGCUGCCCAAAUGACUCCGAAAUCUGCAGACCUAUAUGCAGUUGUUUGAAGAAUUUUGCAAGGAAAGUUGUAGGUGAUUUUGCUUUUGGCAUCUUAAAUGUGUAUAUCUUCUCUUCUGCACUCAAUAGAGCUGUAAAUUCUUCUCUGAGACUGACCCUUUUAGUUUUAUUAGAGGAUUAACUUGUUUUUGAAUCGUUUACACUCCUGUUAUCUGCUGACCGUGAAUGAACAACUUGACCAAAUCAUCUCCUAACUGCAUCAGAAUUCUGACAAUCUUGACAGGGGAAAUCUGGUCAGUGGUUCUUAUUGAACAUGUGUUUGAUUGGGGGUGCCGGAAGUAGCUGCAGCAGCUGAUGGUGUGUUUUUACUUGGUAGCAUGCAUGGGUGGAUAGAAGUUGAAGUGUAAGCUCUCAUAUUUUACUCUUUUUUUUCUUCUUUGGGCUUAGUUUAUGCAAUA